AUGAUGUGACUUACUCGGGAGAAACAGAUGACGGAGAAGCGGAAUAGGAAAGAUAAACGCAACACUAAAUAACUACUGCUAAAAUUUCAUAUAAGUCCUGAGUAAAUAUUUGUCCCAACGGCUCGUGUUUAUUGUAGCUUAAUACAGACGACAAUGAUUACAAUUAGAAUUACUUAUCAUCACGUUGUUAUCAGUUGCGCAUGAACUGAACUUCAAACUUGAACCUGAUUUAAAGCCGUUGAUCCACAUCCAACAAAUCUCAAACCAAACAAUAAUAUUUGACGGUUGUUGACCACUCGUUUUUUAGAACAAUUGACAAUUAUAGGUGUUCUUUUGAGCUACAGGUUUGCAGCAAGUCCCGAGUUAUAAAAGCAUACAUUUCACUUUUCUGCGAUCAGUGAUCAACAAGAAAAUAAACUGGCUGCAGCUGGACAAGUCCUCAAGUCGACAAAGAUGUUUGUUGCUACAUUCGUUCGACAUGGGGAAACCAAACUUAAUGCAGCUAAAAUUAUCCAAUCUCGAACUCAUGGAGAGCUGUCAGAGAAGGGAAUAUUAAUGGCUGAGCAUUUGGGUCGUCAUCUGACCCAUGAACGCUUCACACGUGUAUACACUAGUGACCUGCAACGAUGUCAUGACACAACUCUCAAUAUAUUGAAACAUUCCAGUCACCCUCACCCUGAACUUGUAUUGGAGAAAAAUCUGCGAGAAAGGGACUACGGAGAUUUAGAAUUUAAACCAACACAAGCUAUCUACGAUAUUUGUAGUGAAACUGGGCUAGAUACCCAUGCCGUACCUCUCCCUGGCGGAGAACCUUAUGAAGAAACAAAGAAACGAACCGCAAAAUUCUUAAAUAUGCUCGGCAAACUCGCUGAUGCUUCCAGUGAACCUGAACACGCUCUGGUUGUUACCCAUGGAGCGUGGCUAAUGUGUAUGAUGGACUAUUUAGCAGAUAGCAGAAACACCCAUUACGAUAUUGAAGAAUUUCAGGAUAAGUGGCUUAAAAAUGGUCCCCCCAACACAGCGACCACGCGGUUUCUCAUUCAUCCAUUCAAGAAUGGGAAUGCAAAUGAAAAAUCAAAACGAAAACUGCAAAUCGUCCACGUAUAUGACACCACGCAUCUUCCAGAGCAUUUCAAGAAUUAGUACAAGGCAAUAACUUCUAACAAAGUACCAAAAUCUAGUCAGUUAGAUAACAACCUAAAUCUGAACUGAACUUUAAUAUUUAUCCAAACCUUGAAAUUUUGUCGUAACGAAAGAACGUAUGCAGAUCGUAAUUUGUUUUCAAUAAUAUGCACUUUUAUCUUAGCUGAUAAUUAUCAACAUUUUGAUUUUUGCUUAUUAAUGUAUGCAUCAUGUAUUACUUAAAAUUAAAUGGGAAAAUGAAAUAAAAACUUUGAUAACCACAAUCAAA